UUUAUCAUAUAGUUUCAUACAGUGUUAAAUUAACUGUAUUUUUCUACAUACACACCGGUAAGGUCAGCUUUGCUCUUAAUUUUAUUCACACAUCUCUUUGAGGGUAGAGCAGUGUCCUUAGUACUUUCCAUAUGAAAGGCCCUUAAUUGAAACUAGCAUUCAUCUCAAGUAUCCAUCUGAGCCAAAGCAUAAAGCCUCAUCCUAUUCUCUUUCAGGCCACUGCUUAGCAACAACCUACUAGGUUUUUUUUUUUUUACUACUAGAAGGGUUGCGGAGAGAGGUUUGCAUAAUGAUGUUUUAAGGGGGUCUGUUUUCCUUUCGUUUAAGGUUUAGGUGAUAGAGGUGAGAAAGCUAUGUUUAUCCCUGUGUGAUCCUCAGACUUUUAGUUUCUUCUGGGACUGAGAGUGUCAGAAGGGCUUUUGAUGAACAUCAGGGAAUUGGGAGGAAGUAGAGAAGGACAUGGCAAUGCAUGCGGAUAACCGACAUUCCAGGCGAGAAAACAGCAUUGGUGUUGUACAAAGGUUCCUGUGUUGCUCCUGCUUCAAGACGGGUGAGAACGACCACUUGGAGUACAAUCAGGAAAGGUCACAGAUUCCCAAGGCAAUUGUGGAUGAAGAGAACAUCCUUAUCGUUGUUGAAGAUUUGGGAGUAGACAACCUUGGAUUUAGCCUUUCAGAAGUUGAGCACUGCAGUCCACCUCAACAGAUCUCCAUGGGCCGUUCUGCUAGUUCUGUGUCCAUGUGCCAAAGAGCAGCUCUGAAGAAGAAGCUCGCACCACUCUCCUCUUUACCGCUUCAGUCUAGAGUGAUCCAGAACAGUGAGGACGACUCUACUGUUGACUCUCUGCUGUACGGUUCUAGCAGCACUAAUUUUGGAGAUGGUAGUCUUCUCACUCCACCAGUCAUUAACCUCAUACCUCCGACACCUUCCGACGUAAUAGAUGAUGACCAGUUCUUUGACAUAAACUCAGAAGAAGACAGUCUGCACCAAACAUCAGGCAGCGAAGGAGUGGACAGUAUUGGCAGUGCUGCUAUGGGAGAGCAAGAGAGCGAGGAAGAUGUAGAUCAAGACUUGGAGUCUGAAGGUAAUCAUAAGUCCAAAGAUGAAGAACAUCCACAAGUGGAGCCUCCAGAGGAAGAAACAGCCAAGAAGAAGACCAUAGACAAGUCUACAAUCCACUUCCUACGUAGCACCUUUCAUGUACCCCCUCUUCCUGAAUACCCACGAAAAAGAAGUCUCAAUACUGGAAUCAGUUUGCUGCAGUUCACUGAACAUAAUCUGGGUGAGUCUGCUUUGAUUUGUGAUGAGUCAUCACAGUAGUCUUCAGUGCCUGGAAACUGUGCAAGUUUUUGAGGACCUAUGCACUUUUAAUAUAUAAUAUACCAUACAUAGUGAUUCUUUUUAUUACUAUAAACAGUCUGUAUUUUAUUAGUAUAUUUUGCAUAUUUAACUGUUGUUUUAAGUAAAACAAGAGAACAAAGUGUCAUAGAUUGUAGUAGGUUGGCAAAUAUUGCAAAGCUGAUGUCUUAUAUGGCAUUUUUUUAUGAAUAUUUAACCAAGUGUUUUUUUUUUGUUUUUUUUUCCUCUUUGGAAGUAUGUGUAUAGCAAAUCGAGUUAUUUUAAAUAUGACUUAAAAUACAAAAACUAUAGCAAAAUAAAAUAAAGA